ACCAGGCCCUUGCAUAUUCCCGAGCCGGUUUUGAACCUUAGUACUACUACUUAUCUUUUCUAACCACGCACACGACAAUGAAGGCACUGGCAUUGCUCUCAGCGUUUUUCAUUACAUCUGCUCACGCUCAGUAUUUCUCUGCAGGAUGGGCCCCUGGGCAACCAGUCAAUUACAAUGACGAGCAAUCUGAGGUCUCAGAUUCGGGUCCUCAGGCUACCUCCACUCUUAGUGCCGAAAAAGCUGCACCUACAUCUAUCAAGCAAGCUUUAAUUGACAAUGUUCUGGGAUCUAGCACAAUUUCUACGCUAUCCAGUCUAGUUGGAGUGAACAUAACGGAAAGAUUCAACCCUAGUGUUCUCUGGGACGAGCGGAUCCCACUUAUCACAGACGAAAAUUACGGGGAUAUCAUUGUCAACGAAGAAUUAACCGAAGAAGAAGAAGAAGACAGAGUUUGGUUCCUUAUCAUUACUGUGACAACUGGACAACCGGAUGGCGUGUCCAUGUUCGUAGAUAAAGUAUUCGAUGCUACUUAUAACUUAACCCAGGGGCUGGGAGAUCUUCCCCAUGUGCGUUUUGGGCGUAUUGAUUACCUGAAUGUUACCAGUAUUACCACGAAGUGGGCAGUUUGGUCUGCCCCAUUCCUAGUCGUCCUGAAAGAUAGGGGCCAGACUCUGCGGUUCUAUAAGGCCGGACAGAUAAGGUUAACAGACGAGAUACUACACGCAUUCUUGAAGGAGGAGGGCUGGAAACAAAAAGAUCCCUGGAAAAGUGCAUACGGUCCUGGAGGGGAACGGGAAUAUAUUUUGGACUACCUCGCUAUCGUCUUCACCAAGGUAUAUAAUGUGGUAGUUAUCGUCCCAAAGUGGCUGCUCUACAUCGUCACCGGUGGUCUUGCCUCGUUGAUAGUCAACUGGCUCCAUCGUGAUCGUAAACCUGCCAAUCCUUCUGCAAAUGUACACCAGCCACGAACAGUGCCCACUAAUCGUGCAGAGCCUGCCGCGGCGCCUGCGGCAUCGAAUCCUGCCAGUGGUGGUCAAAGAUCUGGAGAAAGUGCUGCUAAGCGCAGAAAGGGGAAGAAGUAGAAUCGAUCUUUCAGUGUUGGCUUGGUUCAAUGGAGUUGGGGCGAUGUGUGUAUGCACUGACUUAAUACUAGACAUAUAUGUAUACCUUCGAGUGUUUUUAUUAAGAUUACUUUUUGAGGAACUGUGAAACGUUACUAAUGAAAAUGAAACUCUUUUGAGUCU